AUGCUCAGAACGAGCUGCGACACGAGAAGCAAAUGUCACCACCAAACGGCGGCCGGACGUAGUAAUACCUUCCGGCCCUCACAGGCGAAGUUACGCAAGAGAGCGAGACAAAUGCCUCAGUUUCCCCCCCGGAGCCAAGUGCGUGGACGAAUACGUAUAUGCCAAGUUAACAUAGAAGGAUACACGAGGACAAAAGGAGACGUCCUCACAAAGCUACUAACAGAAGAAAAAAUUGAUGUGCUGACCUUGCAGGAAACACAUCUAUCAGAAGAAAAUAUCUCGAGACUUCUAAUACCAGGCUAUGAAAUUGUGGGCUAUAAAGCCCAUAAUAAACACGGUAUUGCAACACUGAUCAAGAAAGAACUGGUUGAUAAUAUUGAGGAAACUAUGCACCACGAAUUUGCCGUGGGAAUCAAACUAAACGAUAUGACUGUGUAUAACGUGUACAAGCCACCGUCAGAAAAAUGGGAACAACCUGUUUUACCUAACCCACAACACCCUGCAGUCAUAAUUGGUGAUUUUAACUCCCACCACCCCAGAUGGGGCUAUCAGUCUUGCGACAAAGAAGGACUCAUGCUGGCAGACUGGGCAGAUAUAAAUAAUUAUACAUUAAUAUACGAUGCAAAAGAUACCCCCACCUUCUGUUCAGGAGCGUGGGGCACAACAUCAACGCCCGAUCUUUGUUUUGUCUCAUCUGGAGAAACUGGAAUAGCACUUCCGUCUAAGAGAACUGUACUGAGCCGUAUUCCUCGGAGCCAACACAGACCAGUUAUUAUAGACCUUGGGAUCCAAAUACCAGUAAUAAAGGGCCCCCCUAUAGCCCGCUGGAACCUCAGGAAGGCUAACUGGGUUAAGUUUAAAGAUACCAUUGAAAAUAAUGUAAACAGAAUUCCCCCAAUUCCAGAAAAUUACGACAGAUUUACGAAGUUAAUUAUUAAAGCGGCACAUAACUCAAUACCAAGAGAAGCGCGGAAAGAAUACAUCCCAUGCUGGACAAAGGAGUGCGAACAACUACUCGAUGAAUAUAACAAAACAGAGAAUCCAGAACUAGGAGAACAGCUCAUAAGAGCUAUGGACGAGGAACGCAAACAGAGAUGGCAAAAGCGGAUGGAACAAAUGGACUUUACGCACUCCUCACAGAAGAGCUGGAGCCUACUGAGGAAACUUGGCGGAGCACAAUUCAAGGGACGGAACAUCAAUAAUAAAAUGACCCCUAACAAGAUAUGCUCUUCUAUACUACAAACAUCCAGAAUCCAUGCCUCCGCCUCGAAGAAAAAAGAACUGCAUCAACUGAUGAACGAAGAGCUAGAUGCAAGCGAGGAGGAAGCAGGUUUAGCGAACUGGGUAACACAAGAAGAGAUAAAUAUAGCACUAAAGAAAAGUCACCUGGUAAAGCAGCUGGCUGUGACGGCCUUCUUCCAGAAUUCUUGA